CGUGCGAGCGCCGCAGUUUCUGCGUCAUACCAGAGGAGGACACGUAACGGUCCGCAAAGAUCGAGCCACUCUUGCACCAUUUUCGCCACAACCCCCUUGAACAGGCCCCAGGCUAUUGAACCCUCCACAGUGCAGACACAGCUGAGCAAAUUCAAAAAUGGUGUUCAGAGGCACAAUAACAGAUGCUCCCAAUUUUGAUCCCAGCGCCGAUGCUGAGGCGCUCUACAAUGCAAUGAAAGGAAUGGGAAGUGACAAAGAAGCCAUUUUGGACUUGAUCACCUCUCGUAGCAAUGCUCAGAGGCAGGAAGUCAUUGCGGCGUACAAAUGUAACUUUGGAAAGGAUCUUAUUGAGGAUCUGAAAUAUGAGCUGACGGGUAAAUUUGAGCGUCUCAUUGUGUGUCUGAUGAGAGCACCAGCCUACCACGAUGCCAAAGAAAUAAAAGAUGCGCUCAAAGGAGCUGGAACCAACGAGAGGAGCUUGAUUGAAAUUCUGGCAUCGAGAAACAACAAACAAAUACAUGACAUGGUUCAAGCAUACCAGGAUGCCUACGGCAGAAACAUGGAGGAGGAUGUGAUAGGCGACACGUCAGGUCACUUUAAGAAGAUGAUGGUUGUUUUACUUCAGGGGACCAGAGAUGGGUCGGGAGUUGUGGAUGCAAAUCUGGUGGGGCAAGAUGCACAAGACCUUUAUACUGCUGGCGAAGAGCAGUGGGGGACAGAUGAGGCCAAAUUCAUCAUGAUACUGGGAAACCGCAGUGUGACCCACCUCCGCAUGGUUUUCGAUGAAUACGAGAAGAUUGCAGAGAAAUCCAUCGAGGACAGCAUCAAGAGCGAGUUGUCUGGAGACUUCGAGAGACUGAUGCUUGCUGUUGUCCAGUGCAUACGCAGUGUUCCUAUGUUCUUUGCCAAACGCCUUUACAAGUCAAUGAAGGGUCUCGGUACAGCCGACAACACACUGAUAAGGAUCAUGAUUGGUCGCUCUGAAAUAGACAUGUUGGAUAUUCGCGAGUGUUUCAGACUGGGAUAUGAAAAGUCACUUUAUAACAUGAUCGAGGACGAUACAUCGGGUGAUUACAAGAGGACUCUGUUGAAUCUAUGUGGAGGGGAUGAUGAUUUAGCUGGCGAGUUCUUCCCUGAAGCAGCUCAGAUAGCCUACAAGAUGUGGGAAACAAGUUCCAUGACCAAAGUCAAGCUGAGGCCAACAGUUGUCCCCUCACCCAACUUUGACCCUGCUGCUGAUGCACAAGCUUUAAGAAAAGCCAUGAAAGGAUUUGGAACAGAUGAAGAUGCAAUUAUUGACAUAGUUGCAAAUAGAAGUAAUGCACAGAGACAAGAGAUCAGACAGACCUUCAAAUCACUAUUGGGGAGGGAUCUGAUAAAGGACCUCAAGUCUGAACUGUCCAAAAACUUGGAGAGACUGAUCAUUGGUCUUAUGUUGACCCCAGCUGAGUUUGAUGCCAAAAUGAUGAGGAAAGCCAUAGAGGGCGCAGGCACAGAUGAACACGCGCUGAUUGAGAUACUAGUCACCAGGAACAAUGAGGAAAUACAAGCCAUGAACGCUGCCUAUCAGGAGGGCUAUAAGAAGUCUUUAGAGUCAGCAAUUCAAUCUGACACAUCAGGUCACUUCUGCCGCAUCCUCGUUUCUCUUGUGCAGGGUGCAAGAGAAGAUGGCCCUGCAGAUUAUGAAAGGGCUAAUACAGAUGCUCAGGAACUUGCUGAUGCAUGUAAUGCUGAUUCUGAUGACAGAGUAAUGAAGUUCAUGAGUAUUUUGUGCACCAGGAGCUUCACUCAUCUAAGGAAAGUUUUCCAGGAGUUUGUCCGGUUCUCCAAUAAGGACAUCGAGCAGAUCAUCAAGAAGGAAAUGUCAGGAGAUGUUAAAAAUGCCUUUUAUGCCAUAGUUCGCAGUGUGAAGAACCAGCCUUCUUAUCUUGCAGACCGUUUGUACAAAGCCAUGAAGGGUCUCGGCACAGACGACAGAGCGUUGAUCCGCAUCAUGGUGUCCCGUAGCGAGAUUGACCUUUUCAACAUUCGUAAAGAGUUCAAGGAAACGCAGGACACCUCCCUGCACGAAUUCAUCAAGGUAGAGACGAUGAUCGGUGACACUUCAGGAGAUUAUCGCAAAACCCUGCUAGUGCUAUGUGGAGGGGAGGAUUAAAGAAAGCGCAUCUCCACAGCCUUCUUUCACAAGCCACAGUGACAAGGCCAGCCACCAACAGGACAGUGAAAAUGUGGUGGUCACUAUCUGUUGCCAGCACACUAACAAGGCAGUUUUCUGGUCACGUGAAAGAUCCUCUGUCAGGACAUUGCAUUACUUUUUUUUUAAUUCUAGAGCUAUAGUAUUUGAAGGUGCAACAGUGCUUCCCCGAGACACAUGAAAUCAAAUCACUGUUAGUAUGUAUAACUAAAUAAAAAUCAAUAUUA